UUGUGUUGAUAUAAUUCUCGUCAAUAAUAUUUUACAUUGAUAACUACGAUUAAUUGAAGCACAAUUUUAUUUAAUAUCGAGAGUAUUUUAUGUGUAAUACAAAAUGAUAGCCAGGCCUUGGACGGAAGAUUUGCCGAAGUGUCAGAACACUUGCGUUGCGUCGUAUUUCUCACAAAUAAGUGCAAAUGUAAAUUCCACUGACGAUUAUCUUUGCUUCUACUGCCAAACUGAGGAUGGAUCGUGUCUGUAUGGAGUAUUUGAACCACACAAUGGCUUGGAUGCUGCAAGGUUUAUCAUGCAGCGUAUGGCUGUGGAAAUGUUAUUACCACCUCCAUCUAUCAGUAAUUCAGAUGAAGAGAUAAGGGAUAGGCUAAGGAAUGCUUUUGUCUCAGUAGAGAAAGCUUACAUAGAGAACUAUGAUGGUAUGAUAGCUGAACGAACCUGCUUGCAGUACAGACUACAAACAUUAAACGAAACACAGAUAUCACAAAACUGUGACAAUAUUCUGUCCCGUUUAAAAGAAAUUGAUCAACAUCUGUCUGGUGGCGCCACUGUAGUUAUAGCAUUAGUACAUAACAACAAGUUAUUUGUGGCCAAUGUUGGUGAGACGAGGGCGCUACUGUGUCGCACAGAUGAUAACUCCGUGCUAAGAGUUGUGCAAUUAACUGUUGAUCAUAGUUUAAAUAAUGAAGAUGAGUUGCUACGGCUCUCGCAGCUAGGAUUGGAUGUUAAUAAGUUAAGGAAUGCGCAAUAUUUAGGCAAUCAGUCAGGUACUCGUUGUCUGGGAAACUAUCUAGUAAAAGGCCUGUACAAAGCCUUUCCCAACAUAGGCAUAGCGGCAGCCGAGCCAGUGGUGGCCACUCCGGAGAUUCAUGGGCCUAUAGCACUGGAUGAAUCUUGCAGAUUCUUAGUUCUAGUCAGCGCUGGAGUUUACAAACGUAUACAAGAAGUUCGCGGUUGCAGUGAACAAACGAACAAACAGCUCGCACAAAUCAUAGUAGAGAAUUUCAGAAAACAAACGGAUUUUACUAAAGUCAGUCAUACUGUACUUGGAGAAAUCGAAGACGAAUUUCUUACUUAUUGCAACAAAAAUAAUCUAACACCAAAAGCAAACACUCAUGUCACAUUAUUAAUAAGAAAUUUCAACUUUCUUCCACCUGUGCCUCAGAACGACACCAUAAACUUGAGAAACCCCGUCCAUAAACAAAACGAACGAUCAUCUGUUCGAUUUAAUCCGAUUGUACAAUCGAAAUCGAAUACACUUAUAAAUGAAAUCGAUUCGGAAAUCGAUACAUCGGGUACUAUUGAUAUGGGUACGAAUGAUAGUAAUAUCGAUACUAAUCAAUCGAAUGAUUCUGAUAUAUCGAGUUGUAGGCCAUAUGACAAAGAUAGAAAGAUAAAAGGUUAUGUUGACUUUACUUGUUACUACGAAAAUGUUGCUAAAGCUAGAAAAAAUGGUACUUUGCCUGGUUUUAUAAAAUGAUUUCUUAUUUUUUAUGUCAAGAUAUUGUCGUUUAUCUUUAGGCAUUAAUCGUAUAUGAUUAAAAAAAAGAGUAUUGUAAAUGCUUCACUUUUAUCAAUGUGGUUUAUUCGU